AUGCUGAAGAAAUAUGGAUAUUUGGUCCACGGCGGGUUCCAGCCGCGCCUUCCGACUUCGCUGCCGCCCCCAGGGCAGCAGCAACAGCAGGAGCCGUCGCCGCUACCACGCCGACAGCCCGUCCCGUUGAUGCCUCCCGCGCAGCUUCAUCCGGGAGCGCCCCAGGUGGUCGCUCCGGCGCCUGCGGUCACUCUUCAGUCGCCACCGCCUUCGGAGCUGAUGGACGUCGACCCCUCAGCCGGGCCGCCUUCCCAAGCGGUGGCUGUGCAGCCUGUCCUGCAGCCGCUUUCCUUGGGCACCCCCAAGGAGUCUGACACCGCAGCGCCUUGUCCGGCGCCCACUCAGCAGCCGUCGACGCAGCGUCAGGAGACGCUGCCUCUCUUCGUGGGUCCCGACGCCCCGUCGCGUCCAGUACCAGAAGCUGCGCCCGUGGUCACAGGCGUGUGGAAAGUCACGGAGUGGAAAUUAUGUGCUGAGUGUGUCCUGAAAGCUGACAAACCAGUACAGCCCAGAAUGAGGAGGACACAGAAUCCAGUAGGUGUCUUUGGCCUCCAUGGAGAGAGACAGCAGCUGCUGAGUCCUAGGUUACGGAAGCGCAGAGCUGACUGCAGCAUCCGCGCGCCCACUGGCAUCACAGAGCCGGCGCGACUGAGACGCAAGUGGUCCGCGCAGACAGUCUGGGAGCAUGGGCGCCGGCCAUUAGCCGCACAUCAGAUGAGGGAAGGGACGCCGUGCUUUACGAGGGCCGCCAAUCACGACCGCCUGCAAUCUCAAAUCAUUACCGGUCUCCGAGAAUAA